AUGAACAGAAUUUUUAGACCGUACCUGGAUAAGUUUGUUGUGGUAUUUAUUGACGAUAUCCUUAUUUAUUCCAAGAGCGUUGACGAGCAUGAAGACCACUUAAGGAUCGUGUUGAGCGUGUUGAGGGAGAAAGAAUUGUAUGCCAAACGGUCAAAGUGUGAAUUCUGGAUGAAGGAGAUCCAGUUUUUGGGACACGUUGUUUCUGCUGGUGGUAUUUCAGUGGAUCCAGCCAAGGUGAAAGCAGUGCUGGAUUGGGAGAGUCCACGCUCGGUCACAGAAGUUAGAAGCUUCGUGGGGCUCGCGGGUUACUACAGGCGGUUCAUUGAGGGAUUCUCUAAGAUAGUAGCCCCUUUGACUUAUCUCACCAGGAAGGAUCAGCCGUUCGCCUGGACUGAUCGUUGUGAGGAGAGCUUCCAGGAAUUGAAGAGAAAGUUAACGAGCGCUCCUGUAUUGGUUAUUCCAGACACGGCCAAACCUUUUGAAGUGUAUUGUGAUGCGUCGUAUCAAGGUUUGGGCUGCGUGUUGAUGCAGGAAAGGAAGGUAGUGGCGUACGCUUCUAGACAAUUGAAAGUCCAUGAGAAGAACUAUCCCACACACGACUUGGAGCUGGCAGCAGUCGU